GACAGCGGCGGGAGGGACCGCCAGGAGCGUGCGAGGCGUCCUUUCGGGGGGUUUGGCAUGGAGCCGAUGCGGCGGUGUGGAUCGGGUGGGGUUCUGUGGCCGUGGCAGAGGCUAUGUGGGGACUCCGCUGUGCCUAAUCAAAACAUGGACUUGAGUGAUCCGUGCUCUGCCAGCGAGCAGAUGCAGAAGAAGCUGGGAGGGAUCGUGUCCAGGAGAGCCAACCCGAACUGGCCGAAGGGAGAUUCCAUAACAGAACAUCAUGUCCAGGCCACAUGCAGCUUCUGAUCGAGAUCCACUGGUAUCUGUUUCAGAAGUGUCAACAAAAGGAAAUUUAAGAACGAGGUGUUUGCCAAAAUAUCAGACAGGUCAAACUGAACUGAAGGUGCCUGUAGCUGUUGCUUCUGUUUCCAUGGAUCCUGUUAGAGGUACAGGAGGUCUGACAGAACAGCAGGGCACUAAUGAAGGAGGAAUGAAGAGUGCUUCUUUAAAGGAUUUGUGUCCUGAGGACAAGAGACGCAUUGCGAACUUAAUUAAAGAACUUGCCAGGGUAAGUGAAGAAAAAGAAGUGACGGAAGAACGGCUGAAAGCUGAGCAGGAGUCAUUUGAGAAGAAGAUCAGACAGCUAGAGGAGCAGAAUGAACUCAUCAUCAAGGAAAGGGAAGCUCUGCAGCAGCAGUACAGAGAAUGCCAAGAACUUCUGAGCCUUUAUCAGAAGUACCUGGCUGAGCAACAAGAAAAACUGUCACGCUCCCUUUCUGAACUCAGCGCUGCCAAGGAAAAGGAGCAGACGGUAUCCAGUAUGAAGAGUUUGUGCCAACAGCCCUUUUUGGGGCUGGACAGCUCCUACUUGGGUACUGGGGGGCCUUGGAUUCUUCAUAAGAACAGUAGAGCACCGAAGGGUGAAAGCCCAGCCCGUGUUGUGUUGUCUCAACCUUGCAGGAAUAACCAUGAAAUGCAAUACAAUCAUCAGGAGUAUCUGAAGGAGUAUCCAAUGGAAAACGACUUACACAGAAAGUGCAGCAACGUGAUUUCCCCAGCCAAGCAGAGGAGCCCUCAGCAUGUAAAGCAAGCUCAGGAGAUGGACCAGAGAGCAAGUGAAUUUCAGAGCACAUGCCCUUGGCAAGUGAGUCAUGGCUGUGCCUGGAAGCACGUGGGGAGCUCAGGAAGUGUGGAAGAGAGUUGCUAUGUCAGCCAGGUACUUAGAAAACACUCUGGGAUUGUUCACAAAACUUGUGAGCACUCCAGGCCCUGUCGACAUUCUGGUCUGAAUCACAGCAUGGACUCAGAGCCUAAGGAAACAGAACUGGCUAAAAGAUUGUAUGAAGAAAGAAGGCAGAAGCUGCUUCUUCAAAAAAUGGAGCUGGAAAUUGAAAAGGAACGACUUCAACAUUUAUUGACUAAGCAAGAAGCAAAACUGCUCCUAAAACAACAGCAACUACACCAAUCCCGUAUGGAUUAUAACAGGAUUGGAGGCCCUGUGUCUGGUUCAGAUGAUGUGCCCAUUGCUGAAGCACCCAGAGAACUUGCUCUGAUGAUGAAUGGCAGCAGCAUGGGGCUAAGUGUCCCGGCGUUGAAACAUGAAGAUUAUAUACUGAGGACACCUCCAGUGAGCAAAAACUCAACAAAACCAGGGAGCAGUCGUGGGAGCAGUUCAGGGAAGAAAAUGGUGGGCUUUGGUGCAAACAUGGAUGAUGGGCAAAGCCCCCUAAUGCAGACCAAGAGGGAAGGCACUAAGUCCAGGAAAGGGACAGCUUCAGGACUUAGGAAGGAUGCAGCCAUAGCUUCUGGGUUGAUGGGCCGCAGCAAAAUGCAUGCAACCACAGCUCUAUCACCGAUUCAGCAUGACCCUUCACGGUAUGAAGCCUCUCUUCUUGACCUGGUGGAAGCUAUGAACCCAGUACCAGCUGUGGGACACCUCUGCCAAGAACCUUGUGACAAGAACAAAACACACCAGCGCUGCUGUGUGAACCACAGCCUGUCCUCCUCUUGGUGCCAGAGCCCCUGCAGCCCCAGGAGCAGAGCAGAGGAGCUGGAGGAGAGUCGCCUCCUGGAGGAGAUCUUCUUCAUUUGACACAACUCCUUGGUCUACAGCUACUCUUAAAUUAUUUGAGUGAUCACUGCUUGUUUUCCCUCUUCUAAAACAUAGUUAAUUAGCAUCCAGGUUAAUUUUGGAUUUAGUAAUCAUGAUGCAAGUAUAUUGUUGGGGUAUGCCAAUCAGAAAGUGCUAACUUUUUUCCUAAACCUUUCUUGUGCCAAGAAAUCAAUUUAAAUAGCAUUUUUUUUAAUCUACAACAUUUUCUAAUAGAUUGAAGUCACAGUUUUGCCAGCCUUAUAUCGGAAGUAUAUUUCAUUAUCGAUUUUUUUGACUCUAAAGCAGUUUGCAAGAACUGCCUAACAUUCAAGAACCAGCAUGUUCAAAGCAGAUUAUUUUCUAAUUAAACAAGUCUGUUUAAAACCUGGCAUAUUAUAAAAGUACAAGCACUUUAGUACUUCUUCACUGAUUUUAUGAUCUACUUUUUCCUUCAACAUUCUGAUAUUUAAGAUACUGAGUUUUUAGGGGAUAUAUUGUAAGCUGAACUCCACAGUGUCUGAUAAUGUUAAUAGAUGAUGUUGCAGGUUGAUGUACUAGGCACAGGUUUGAAUUAUUUCCUCUUUAAAUCAGUGCUAUUUGACAGAGUUUAUGUGCUGGGUAACGUAACCCUGAAAGAGUAAAACAGAGUCAGACAUUGUAGAGAUCCAAAACCUACUUGAUGUACUUUCCAAGAUGAAAUACAUAUUAGUGCUAGUAUAAGAGCAGUCUUAAGACAUUUUCACUAACUUGCACUAUUUUGGUCCUGCAUCCAGGCUCCAUUGUAAAUAAGACAAAUCAGUAAUUAUUUUUACUAGCAGCUCACAAUGCACACUUUCCUGCCAGCUUUAAUUAUUCAUGCUGUAUCUAUUUCAGUUUAUUUAAAUGCAUUUCCAUCUACUGCAUGUACUUGGUUAUUUAAAGAAAUGUGCCGAAUUGGUAAAAAUGACUGCACAUUACAGGAUUAAUGGUCAUUUUCUCCACAAUGCAGUGUUCAUAUUUUAUUGUAACAGUAGCCACCGGCAUGUGUUCCUAGAAAUAUGAGACUAAAAUACUCAUUUUGCACAGUAAAAUUGCAGCGAGGGAAAGGUAGAAUUGAUCCAGUAUGGGCAAGUUCUAGGCCAUUUGCUCCCAAAUACCACUUCAUGGGCCAGUACUGCUUUUCAGACGGUCUCUUUAGGCAACCCUGCUUAUCUUAAUGGCUGGGUUGAGUUGCUGUACUGAUGCUUGGGGUAUGGCUGCUGCCUUCCUCCCCACGCUGCUCCUGUGCAACGUGUGAUGCUCUGCGAGGUGGAUCUCAGACAAGAGCCCUGCAGCCCCUGGCAGCACUCUGCUCCGUCAGUGAAACAAAAGGAGAAUGAAGGGGAAAGGACCUCAGGUUACUCUGGGCUGCUUCAUUCAGGCCCAGUCUUAAUCACAAAUUGGAUGAUAUUCUUUCUGUGCAUCCCAGCUGAAUUUUAAAAGCUGCUUGGAGGAAUUUAAAGGGGGAAGCAGCAUUGCUGGACCAGAAGAUUACUGCUGUGGAAAGCCCCUGCAUGGUCUAUCCUGCUUUUAGUGAAGUAUUACAGUUUUCUGGAAUAUGUCCACCUGCUGUUGAAUGUCUCUCUUUUUCUACUCCCUGAGCCUGGGAAGGCCCAGGUCUCUCUACGAGCCCCAAAAGAUGUAUUCAGUGCCCUGGCCCAAGUAGACCAGAUGAGAAUAUAGGUUUUCUUGUUCUGUUGGCUGAGUAAUCUGCUGCUUAAAGAGGGUGGGGAAAAGGAGGAUAAAAAAGAGAAAAAUGUACAAGGACCAGCAGGAAAUUUGGGGAUAGUUGUCACAUAGAACUUAGACUUCGGAGUUGUUUCAUGGUGUUUUUUUUAGCUUUGGUGGUGUUUUUUUAAGUGUUGGCAUUUAUAGAGAAACAGUUCUCUGAUUUCAGUCCAAUUGUUUCUUGUGUCUUUUCUAAUUUGAUUGAAACUUUAAUUGCCUUUUCUGAUAAAUGCUAACUGACCUUUCAAAACAGAAAAAAAUACACAUAUGUUUCUUGAAAGGUGCCUUUGUGUUGAGAACACUCCAUGGGAGCAUUCUGUUCUUUGAUUCUUUUGUGGGGGCCAAUAUUUAACUGCUUUGGGAUUCCUUAUGAUCACUUAGUCUGUAAAAGAAUUUAAUUCUGAAGGUGACUUUUCACUUGAAUCUGUAUUUUUUGGUUGUAGCUCUCUCUAAAAGGACAUUGUCAGGGUUGUGGGCUCUAUGCUCAAGGUGCUGUCUGUCAGUCAGACCUACACAGGGGGCACACCUUUGUGAAGCAAAUUUUUCUGGUAAACGAUGGUUGAAAUGCCUUAUGGGUGAAGAGCUGUAUGCUUUAACUCUCUGUGAGAUGUGGACAAAAGAAACAAAAGCUGUUAAUUUUGUAGACCCGUGGAAAAUAAUUUUUUAUAAUGCUGGCUCUUGCUCUAGUUACCAGCAGUACAUUAGGAAUAGUCUUUAGCAGUCAGUGCAAGCGAAGAUAUUUUGCCAUGAGGCACUACAAAGUUGAAGUUAUUAAAACAUUUAUAGCCUUAGGAAAAAAAAAUCAAUGAUUGUCAAAUAGGAAAGGACAAAAUCAGUAGUUGGUACUAGGAGGGGAAUUGUUUUCCAUCUGCUAAAACAGUAGAGGAAAUGCAAAAAUUAAACUAGCGAAAGCAAUGACAUGACAGUGUCCUUUUAAGUUUGAGCUUCUAUAUUGGGCGCUGCUGCUGGGGAGUAUGUCCAGCAUAGACUGUUUGUCCAGUGAAUGUGCUUCAGCUACGCAUCAAGCUGCAUUUUCCGUGAGGUUUUGUGGAGUAACAUGACAGCUGCUAAGGCUCCUACCCAUGCCUUCAGUUUGUGUCCUUCCCAUGUGGUUUGUGCACACACACUUGCCAGCUAUUUGUGUAGUUACUGCUUUUGUGCACCUUGCACAUCACAGCCCUGUAAUAAUCACACUCUUUUCAUUUCUAGCCUUUCCAGUCUUGCUAUUGAAUCCCAUCUCAAGCACGUAUUUAUAUGUGUAUGUGAGGUCUUAAUCUAAUAAAUUAUCUGGGGGUUUAAUUUAUUCUUCCAGACUUUUAUUUGG